UGCUCAUAUUAGAUCUCAUUAGUCACAGAUGAAUCAUUUAGGCCAUGAAGACAUGAUAUAACAUUCACCCUGAUGUGAGAACAAGGUCUCUCAACUAAACUUCAGUGUGAACAGCAGUCAUUGGCUUUGUAUGGGACUCCAGUCAACAGCAGUGACGUCACCCUGCGCUCCGCUGGUGCUCUCCGUUCCCGCGUGACCAACAGCAGUGCGGAGCUCCAUUGGUUCAGGCUCACGUCAGUCUGAAGUGAUACUAGUGCAGAGCUACAAACUCCAACUACAUCAGAGAAGAGAGAGCAAAGCAGCACGGGAGGAAAAUGUUGCGUGUCUCGAGCGCCGGGACCAGCUGAUCGAUAACUGGGACUGCGUGAUAAACGCGACUCCAAUCGAGCAGCUUGCGACCGAGCGCACAUCUGAGUUCUCCGUGGUGUGCCAGCCCUCUGUGGUCUCUCCAUGCCUCCUUCUCCUCUAGACGACAGAAUUGUGGUGGCGCUGCCAAGGCCUAUACGACCUCAGGAACUCCGACUCCGCCUGGACACCAGCUACCUGGAAGCCACCGUGGGCACCGUCGGUCAGUCGACGGUCAUCAGCAGCACCACCGUGGUGAAGAUCCAGGCGUAUAUGCCCUCGUCCAGCGGCUCCACGCGCUCGCUGACGUGUGGAUGCAGCAGUGCCAGCUGUUGCACGGUGAGCACCUAUGAGAAGGACGGCCAGGUCAGCGCAAGCAGCCCAAACCUGAGCUCCGGAGUGGGCUAUGGGGUCCCGACGGAGGCCAGCCUCACCUCCAGCCUGAGCAGGGGCGGCAUGCGGGUCAUCCACCCCAACGAGCUGGCCAAGAAGCUGACGCAUUGCCCCUUGGGCCACCCGGUGGGGUCGGUCCCCGUCAUCAUCGACUGCCGGCCCUUCAUGGAGUUCAACAAGAGCCACAUCCGAGGCGCCGUGCACAUCAACUGCUCGGACAAGAUCAGCCGGCGACGGCUCCAGCAGGGCAAGAUCACCGUCCUGGACCUCAUCUCCUGCCGCCAGAGCAAGGACUCCUUCAAAGGGAUUUUUUCCAAAGAGCUGGUGGUGUACGACGAAAGCACGGUGGACCCGGGCCGCUUGACGCCGUCUCAGCCUCUUCAGGUGGUUCUGGAGUCGCUGCGGAGGGAAGGAAAGGACCCCAUCGUUCUUAAAGGAGGCCUCACUGGUUUCCGACAGAGCCACGAUGAUCUGUGUGAACACUCUCUUCAUCUGGAGGAAGGACAGGACGGCAGUACCUCAGUUGGUCUGUCGGGGGCGCUACCUCAUUCCCUGCCCUCCACGCCGGACAUCGAGAACGCAGAGCUGACGCCCAUCCUCCCCUUCCUCUUCCUGGGCAACGAACGGGACGCUCAGGACCUGGAGCUCAUGCAGCGGAUGGACAUCGGCUUCAUCCUGAACAUCACCACGCACCUGCCGCUCUAUCACUACGACCUCGGCCUGUUCAAGUACAAGCGCUUACCUGCCAGCGACAGCAACAAACAGAACCUGCGGCAGUACUUCGAGGAGGCCUUCGAGUUCAUAGAAGAGGCUCACCGGGCCGGCCGCGGCCUCCUCAUCCACUGUCAGGCCGGCGUGUCUCGCUCCGCCACCAUCGUCAUCGCAUACCUGAUGAAACACACCUGGAUGACCAUGACGGACGCAUACAAGUUCGUCAAGUCCCGGCGGCCCAUCAUCUCGCCCAACCUUAACUUCAUGGGCCAGCUUUUAGAGUUCGAGGAAGACCUGAACAACGGCAUCACUCCGCGUAUACUCACCCCCAAACUCUCCGGCCUCGAGACCGUCGUAUAGCGUCUCCGAUCCAGACGGGAUAUCCUUGAUUGGUGGAUGAAGAAGACAUGUCCGGUCAGUGUUCAGCCGAACGCUGUGCUGGUGCUGGCUAACGUUCACCUGUCUGAAAACAUGAGGCUCGUUUCAUUGUUCUUACUCUGUUUUUAUACGCCUAAAGUGGCUUCACUGUGCAAUAACGUGUGUGUGAUGUGUAUAUAACGAGCCUGUGUUUUUCAUACGUUCAUUUAUGCUUGCUUUAUACACGUUUGGACGAUUUUAUCUCAUUAGCAUCCCCGCUGACAAUCAGAACAAACCUCAUUUGAAUGUCCUCUGAAAAUAACCCAGUGCAUGAUCGGGAUAUUACGAAUAGAGCUGAAAUGGUCAGUUUUAUUGGUUUGCAUCAACAGUUUUCAUGUUGGGUUGGUCAGCGCUGCACAUUCGGUCUCUUUCUGCGUCUGUAAGUGUGUGUUUGUGUGAAUGGGAUCCGUGUCCGUGUAUGUUUAACUCUCUCCUGACCUCAAGCUGGCCAGAAGGAUGCUUGAGUUUCAUCUUUUUGCGCACUUGUAAGAAUCGUGCCUCUCUAUUGGUGCCUUAACUCAUUUUCUUGUGUGUGAAGCGUGUGUUUUAAUGUGCUGGUAAAGAGUCAAAAGGUUGAUUCUGAUCACGGUUACGACAAAGUACGUUCUUCUUUCUCAUAACAGAACUAAAACGCUGUGAAACAACACAACUCGGGGCUCGAAGUGUACACAAGGACAGUUUAUAAUCCUUCACCUGGAGCCUGUCAAUCAUCCCCAUUAAAUGUUUUUCUGAUUAAUACAUUUGAGUUUUUCAGCUUUACGCAAAACCUCCUGCACUUCGGCCGUACGAUUUUGAAAUCUUGCAUAUUACUGCUUUUGUUAAACUAAAAGAAGUUGUGAAAUUUCAGUGAAAUUGUAUCGCCAUGUUUGUAAUUUCUAUAAAUAUGUAAGGACUGAAAAUGUGACAAAGCAAGAAGUCGACUUGAAAUAUUUACAAGAGAUCCUCACGCUCAGUGAAAGCAGACUUAUUAUUAUUUUUAUUGUUAUUAUAAAUCAUAAAAACCCAAGCAGCACACUUAUUGUUCUGACUCUUUAGUGAUCAGGCCAUUAGAAAUUAUUAGAAAUAAUUUCAUUCACACAGAAAAAAAAGCAGAAAAAAUUUAAUUGCAAAAUGUAAACUCAAAAAUUUGCGACUUUUUUUUCUUGCAAUCUGAGUUUACAUUUAGCAAUUCUGAGGGGAAAAAAGUUUGAAUUGUGCAAAAAAAGUCGCAACAACUUUUUUAUUACAAAGAAACAUAAUCGUGAGUUAAUAUCUUCUUUUCUUCCUAAGAAUUGCAAGAAAAAAGUGACGCUUCAUAUCAAGCUCCUAUUAGAUAUAUCAUUAAAUUCAAAUGUUGGAGGAUGAAAACUAAAUGCAAAGCACAUUUUGACUAUGUUAAGCUUUCCUGUAAAUUAACAGCGCUAUGCUAAAGGAACAGAUUGUGUUUCAUUCAUGUUCAGCUGAUGCAAAGUGUAUUUUUAUCUUCGAAUGCUGGUUUCAUGUCACUUCUGUCACACUGUGCUCGUCUGAAUCCAGGAUUUCAAGGACAAAGACUGUCUGGGUGCAUGCGCUCAGCUGGUUUUAUGGUGGACACAUUCGCUAAUGGAUUUCUAUGCAUUGUUUAUAUUUUUGCACUGACU